GGGCCCAGCUCCCUGCAGCCUGGCGGAGGGGAGGGGCUGGGAGGAGGGUCCCGAGAGAACCAGGAUCUGAAGGGCAUGGAAUGAGGAGGGUCCAGGGAGGCGGGACCACCGAGGGGAGGGGAGCUGUGGCUCAGGGAGUCCGGGAUGUGCUGGGGUGAAGCCUCCUUCUCUGCUCCACCCCACCCCCUCAGGCUGAGCCGUCUGGCAUCAUGGAGGGGCUGGUUCUAGGCCUCUGGGCUUUGCUGGUGUCUGUGGAGUUUGGUGGAGGCUCAGCAAAGCCAGGUCUGAACCUGAGCUGCUACCAGUGCUUCAAAGUCUCCAGCCCGGCGUCGUGCGAGCCCGCCGUGUGCAACUCCACAGACCAGGUCUGCGUCUCCAACGAGGUGUUCGUCAACCUUGGUGAGUCCCUGGGCGCCCAGGGAAGGGGCUGGUGCCGCAGCCUCUGGGGCCCGGCCUGGACCCUUGGGCUCUUCGCAGGGCCGGGCCGGGGCCGGGGCGCCCUGAGACCCAUCGCUCUGACAGCACCUCGUGCUCUCUCCUCUCACUGGACCCCAGGCGGAAUGGCCGCGGACUCUGAAUUUGGGCUGCUCCUUCUCCUCCUGUUGAGGUCUGGUUCUUAA